GUGUCGAUUCGCAAGCUGUGAAGACGAAAAAGUCGGAAGCAACAGCAGCAGAAGCAGAAUCCGAAACGACAAGCAACAGUUGGGAGAACGAAGCAUCGUCAACGCAGCAAUGGAAAAAGGCAAAAUCGAAAACGAGCAGCCGCCCAGCUAUGGCGAUUUGGCGAGUGCUCCAACAAUGCUACCACCACAGCAAAUGCCACAGCCAAUGCCACAACCAAUGCCUCAGCCAAUGCUGCAACAAAUGCCGCAAGUAAUGCCACAAGGAAUGAUGCAACCGAUGCCACAAGGAAUGGUACAACCGAUGCCACAAGGAAUGCCACCACAACAAACCAUCUUUCCCAUGCAGCAACAACCUGUUUACAUUCAGGCACCAGCACCAAAUUUUUUGGGCGGCAUGCCGACGAUGGUAACGUGCCCCUCGUGCCACGCUCAUCAGCAGAGCGUGGUCAGAUAUGAUCCCAGCACGAAGACACAUUUGAUGGCGCUCCUCAUUUGUAUCUUGGGGAUUUUCAGUGGCAUGUGUUGCUGUUGCAUUCCCUACUGUGUGGAUUCCUGCCAGAAUGCCGUACAUCAUUGCCGCAACUGCGGCGCCUACAUUGGCACCUACCAAAACUAAAUGAAUGUGAAGUGUGAACCAAAAACAUAACCACAAAAAUCAAUUUAAUGUGCUUUUAAUUGACACGAAUGACAAGAGUGAUAUUAUUGCGGCCAAUUAAUGCCGCAAGUUCUUAUUAAAGUCACAAAGUUGCAUAUGCUUUCUUUGCCACCACGCGGCCUUGAACCAUUCGAAUGAACUCAAGAUAAACAAAAACAAGUUUUACGAUCAAAUCAAUAAUAAUAGCAAACACCAAAAACAAAAACACUCAUUUCUAUGUGAAGCACAACGAAUAAUAAUUACAAACUGUAA